GAAAAUAUCGGAUUAGUUUACAAGUUCCACUACUAACCAAUGGAAGAUACUAUAAAACUCAUGUAUGACAAAUGGCUCUGGAAAAAUGAGGGAUAACCUAAACCAUAAUUAAGUACUACUGUCCUUUACUGUAAAACUGGAGAAAAAAAUCCAAUUACGAUAUUGAUGACGAGAGGGUGAGCGAGUAGAGAACAAUUGAUCGAAUCGUGUUCAAAGCAUCACAGUCAACGUAUAUAAAUCCUGAAAGCACCAGAAUACUUGAAAUUCUUGAUCAGAAAGAUGCUUGCACGAAUCUCAGCCCCCCGUAUCAUGAUUUCGCCAGAGACUGCCGGAGUUUUUUUCAGCAGACGAUGGCAUGGAAAUUCGACAAUAUUCGCCCUAUCAUCUGGACAGGGAAAAUGUGGAGUUGCAGUAAUAAGGAUAUCAGGAUUGCAGGCUAUUGAAGCCUUAAAGAGAAUGGUCAAUAUUGUAAAACCUGAACCUAGAAAAGCUUUACUUCGGAAUAUAUGUGAUCCAGACACAGGAGAAGUUAUCGACAAAGGUUUAUGUCUUUGGUUCCCAGGGCCAAAUUCAUUUACUGGAGAGGACAGUGUGGAAUUUCAAGUACACGGUGGUUCAGCUAUACUAGCAGCUUUGACAACAGCUUUGUCAAAGUUGAAAUUCAAUCAUGCUUUGCCAGGCGAAUUCACAAGGCGAGCUUUCUACAACAAUAAGCUAGAUCUCACCGAAAUUGAAGGACUUGCUGAUUUAAUUCAUGCGGAAACUGAGUUACAGAGAAAACAGGCAUUUCUACAAGUUGAAGGGAAUCUAAGCAGGCUCUACAAUAAGUGGAGAAAGACUCUGCUGCAGUGUGUAGCACAUAUAGAAGCAUAUAUUGAUUUCAGUGAAGAUGACAACAUCGAACCAGAUGUUAUGGUAAAAUGUAAUAAUCUUUUGAAAAUUCUAAGUGAUGAAAUACAAAGUCAUCUAUCGGACAGCAGAAAAGGGGAGAUUUUGCGUCAAGGUGUGAGAACUGUAAUAGUUGGGGAACCAAACGUUGGGAAAAGUAGUCUAUUGAAUUAUCUUGUCCAGCGAGAUGCUGCAAUAGUCACUUCUAUUGCUGGGACAACAAGAGACAUUGUUGAGCUGAAUUUGAACAUCUCUGGGUAUCCAGUAGUACUAGCAGAUACUGCUGGUUUGAGAAAAGAUGCAAAAGAUGUUGUAGAAAUAGAAGGUAUACACAGAGCUAAGACCUAUGCGCAAGGAGCUGACUUUAUCAUCCUGCUGGCUGAUUCGGCUACGUACAUACAAAUUGGAAAAAAGUAUGAAGAGUUUCUGGAAGAUUACAUUGAGAACCUUGGGUUGGGGGAAAUUCUACUUGCAAAUGGGAAAUUGCGCGAAAAUUGUAUGGUGGUUAUGAAUAAACUGGAUCUUCUGGAUUCUGAUCAAAGACAAGCUCUCUUGAAGGAGCAUAGAUUUAUCGGUAUUUCAUGUGCUACAGAAGAGGGAUUCCAAGAAUUUACGAAACGCAUCCAAGCUCACCUGAACCAUCUAUGCGGCAACCCCUCCCGUGAAAAUCCUACCAUCAGCCAAGCCAGACAUAGAAUUCAUCUAGCAAAUUGUUCACAACAUUUGCAUAAUUACUUUGAACUCAUUGUAGCCGACGAUUUUGACAUCGUUUUAGCGGCACAAGAAAUUCGGUAUGCUAUGCGAGAACUUGGUUUAAUUACGGGCUUUGUAAACGCUGAACAAAUCCUUGAUGUUAUAUUCAGCGAAUUUUGUAUCGGAAAAUAAAUAUUAAAUAUUUUCUAA